CCUUAGAAGCAAAAAACAUUGGCGCAAUAUUGAAAAGUAAUGUGAACACAAUAUUCCCAAUAUUGUAAAGUGGACGGCUUCAUCUUAUUCAACUAAUUUGUCUAAGCAGCAAUAUUGGUUCAAUAUUGGUUCAGCAUUGGGCCAAUAUUAAACCAAUCGAUUUUUUAUAUUGGACACUAAUUACAUUCUAAUUUGGAGACAAUAUUUUAAAACCAAUAUUGGCGUUACAUUGCAAAACAUUGGGAAAACGUUGCCAAUGCAUUCCCAAAUAUUUAGCCAAUAUUAGCCAAAUACUAUCAAUUAAUUUAUUAGAGAUAAAAUCUAAGAAGUAUCUAAGAGAAAUAUAAAUUACACGCAACUCAUGUUGAAAAGAUAACAGAGUAUUAUCGAUCAAACGUCUCAUAGCACAAGUUCAGACCGUAAGCCUGUUGUAAUAUUUCGGUAGACAUAUACAACAAUAAUUUGUACCAUGCAAUAUUCCGCAGAAUGCGAGGCUCUAGAUGCUUCUCCUAGAAAUCAUUCGGAAUCGGGGGAGGAACUCGAUGAAUUUAAUCAAGGCAGACAAUUACGAUCUCCGAUACUUGGCCAUCAAUGUCAGCUUCCCGAUCUGCUAACGUGUUGCGUACCAUCUACAAUCUUGGACACAUCUCUGCUAUAUAUUCCCAUUUAUACCCAUUUAAAGAUAUACGACCUGAAGCCUGUGCAGCUGCCGGAGCCACCAUCGAUCUUACCGGCGUUACAAUUGCAAUUUUCAGAGGGUACCAUGCUCAGCAAAUCUUCAAAGGAAAUCUCGUCAACUGCACGAUUAAGCGAAGAAGAUGGAAUAUCCGCCUUGUGCGUCAGUGCUCGAAAUAGCAAAAUUGCUAAUAAGAAACGACGAGCAGAAAUGUAAAUUAAAUAUUAGCAUAA